GAAAUAAGAACUGUGCGACAAGUCACUGAUAAAGAUGCUGUCAAACAAAAACUCACUGUUGUUGUGGAGGAUAACGGACAGCCCUCUCGCUCAGCUGUGGUCUCCAUUAACGUGGCUGUGGCUGACAGCUUUCCUGAAGUGCUUUCAGAGUUCACAGAUUUUACGCAUGAGAAACAAUAUAACGACAGCUUAACUUUUUAUUUAGUUCUGGCUCUGGCCGCUGUUUCCUUCCUAUUAAUCACUUGUGUGGUUGUGAUAAUAUCAGUUAAAAUCUACAGAUGGAGACAAUCUCGCUUCCUCUAUCAGUCCAAUCUGCCUGUUAUUCCGUACUAUCCACCGCAUUACGCAGACACAGGAGUCACUGGAACUCUGCCGCACGGCUAUAAUUAUGAAGUGUGCAUGACGACUGACUCGAGGAAAAGUGACUGUAAGUUUUCUACACUCGGGGGUCAGAGUGUUUUAGUGGUGGACCCCAGUUUUACUGAGACGAUGCAGCACACGAUCAAGAAAAUCCAUGGGCUCCAAAAGCCACCUAAUACUGACUGGCGAUUUCCCCCAAACCAGAGGCCUGGACCCAGCGGCCAACACAGGUUCCACACCCUGCAGCAGAGAUGGACUCCAUACGAGAAGUCCAGGGCUGGAGCACGUCCUGAAGAGGCAGGUGCCGGUGCUGGUGUGAUAGCAGGAACAGGACCAUGGCCCAACCCCCCUACUGAGGCUGAACAGCUCCAGGCUAUGAUGGCAGCAGCAAACGAAGAAAGAAACACACACAGGUUUGAAACAAGUGGACGCAAGUGAAGCCACUGCGACUCUUGGCCCUCGCUACAAUCUACAGUAUGGCCCGGAUUACCGUCAGAACGUCUACAUCCCAGGCAGCACUGCCACCCUUACAGCCAACCCUCAGCAACAGGUUCUCCAGCAGGCCCUUCCUCCACCACAGGCCCUUCCACCUACCGAAGUCCCCAAAGCGGCUCAAACACCAGCCAGUAAGAAGAAACCCACAAAGAAAGACAAGAAGUAAGACCUGUGGAAGAGCUGAAGAAACAUGUUGCCGGGAAUCUAAACAUCUAUCCUCUCAAACCAUGUUGGGUUUGGAUGAAGAUUUAAAAAGAAAAAAGUGAAUAGUAUUACUUGUUUUAGCGUUAACAUGAGACAAUAAGCAACCAAACAAGAGGAAAUGUGUUCAGAUUCCCGAAGCCCUUUCUCUGACAGAUAUCUCUGUCUUGUAAAUAGCAUACUAAAACAAGAAGAAACACAUUUCUUCUUUUUAUUUUUUCCCUCAAAUGUCACGUUUUAGGCUUUUUGUGUUCUUUUCAAAGCAAAGUAGAUGCUUAUUGUGGAUACAAAAUGAAACGCUGUUAGGCUUUUUAACAUGAUGUGCCACAACUCUCACCUUAACUGAAGAAAGGAGUAUUUAGCUGAACUAUGCAUUGCAAAGGAGAUACAAAAGGUGAACGUAUAUAUAAAGUGUUUUCCAGGUGAGAUAAUACAUGUAUAUUUGCGUAAAAAAAUCUGACGGUGAGACACUGGAUUGUCGGCAUGGUGUUUAAAAAUAGAUUCAGUCUUCUCAUUAACUUCUUAAUAGCCAGUUAAGCAGAGCUGAAUGUUAGGUUAAUGACGUUUGACUAUUCUUUGUUAUUAUUUCCUGUUGGCGUGCUAAAGAAUCCUCUGGAAAUGAAGUAAUGUAAACAGUGUUUUUUUGAUGCUGAGAAAAGAUAAUCACAGCCUUUGUAAGGUCAAUGAUUUGGGUCAAAGGAAGAAGAUCUAAAGAAGGAAACAGCAGAAAUGUGCUUGAAUGGAUCUUAGAUGGAAGGAUUUCAUGUCUGUUCAUCUGCACCUACCACCACUAUCGUGUAUAUAAAAUGUGUAACCUGUCUGUACAAACAUUAGAGCCACAAGGGCUGGCUGUUACAGGAAUGUUUCAGUAUUUUUUACAAAAAAAAAAACAACAAAAAAAGACACAAGAAAAAAAAAAGAUCCAGUGUAGUGUUUUAGGAAUAAAAGCUUCAAGUCCAUUGACUAACCAAACUGUACAUACUACGAAACUUCUGAUGACACGCAAUCGUAGCUUAAGGCUUGUGGAGUAUGUGCAUAUUUUUGUGUUUUCCCCCUCUUGAUUACACUUUACUUUCCUCUUCUCCAAUCACCUAAACCUUUGAAAGAUAACAGACAAUACUUAUACUGUCUUUGCUAUAGAGUAACACCCUUUCCCAUCUUACUGUACUUUUCUGUGCUUGUAAUUCCAAUCAGUCCUUAAUGAUACUGGAAUGCCACUCCUGUCUGUUUGACUUUGAAUAUCUAUCUAUCUAUCUAUAUAUAUAAAUGUCUGUCUGCUGCUUGGCUACUUUUUCUGUAUUUGACUGUGAUUCCUUUAAAGAAACGCUUAGCACCUCAUGUUACUCUUUUUAUUUUAUAAUCUACUAUUUAUAUCGCUGUUUGAUUUAUGUUUUACUUUAUUAUUGGAACACUUACAUUUGAAAUAAAAUUUUGUCAGAACUC